AAAUCGACCACUAAGUUCUCUCGUUCCCUGCCACGCUUGGUCUCAGUGUAGGGCAGAGCUUUGUCAAUCUCGCGAGAUUAUCGUUCUGAUUUCGGCUCAACGUGAGUGACCUCUGCGCAGGCCUGAUUGUAAACGUUGCACAACGACGAGUUGACAGCGGUUGUAACCAAUGCAGAGCAAAAGGAGCAAGGGUAUCCUGGAGCGUCUUAACGCUGGGGAGGUGGUUGUAGGAGAUGGAGGUUAUGUGAUGCAGCUAGAGCGACGUGGCUACGUGAAGGCAGGUCACUGGACACCUGAGGCUGCUGUUGAACACCCUGAAGCAGUGAGGCAGCUGCACAGGGAGUUUCUGAGAGCAGGAGCCAAUGUGCUUCAGACAUUCACCUUCUACUGCAGUGAGGAUAAGCUGGAGAUCAGCGGCAAUGUCACCAACAUCACUGGGGCUCAGAUCAAUGAGGCAGCCUGUGACCUGGCCAGGGAGGUGGCCAAUGAGGGCGAUGCACUGGUCGCUGGGUGCGUGUCUAAGACUCCCUGUUAUGCAAAGAGCCGCAACGAGCCUGAGGUCAAGGCCAUCUUUAAGAAACAAAUGGACGACUUUCUCAAAAAGGACAUUGAUUUCUUUAUAGUAGAGUUUGUUGAUCACGUGGAAGAGGCAGUGUGGGCAGUGGAAGUGCUGAAGACCAGCCGUAAACCAGUGGGUGCAACACUGUGCAUAGCUCCUCACGGAGACAUGCACGGCAUCCCACCAGGAGAGUGCGCUGUCAGGCUGGUCAAAGCUGGAGCUGACAUUGUUGGAGUAAAUUGCCACUUGGACCCUCUGACGUGCGUUCGCACAGUGAAACUGAUGAAAGAGGGAUUAGAGAAAGCUGGUCUCAAAGCCCAUCUUAUGAUCCAGCCGCUGGGCUUUCACACACCUGAGUGCAACUUCGGUGGAUACACCAGCCUACCCGAGUACCCCUUCGCUCUGGAGACCAGAGCAAUGACUCGCUGGGACGUUCAUAAAUACGCCAGAGAAGCUUACAAUGCAGGAAUACGCUACAUUGGUGGCUGCUGUGGAUUUGAGCCCUACCAUAUCAGAGCUAUAGCAGAAGAGCUGUCUGCAGAGAGGGGAUCGCUCCCUCCAGCUUCAGAGAAGCAUGGACUCUGGGGAGCUGCUCUGGAGAUGCACACUAAGCCCUGGGUCAGAGCCAGGGCUCGUCGAGAGUAUUGGGAAAACCUCUUGCCUGCUUCAGGACGUCCCAAAUGCCCCUCAAUGGCCACACCGGGUGAUGAUUAUGAAAAGCAGUUGGGGUCCAAAGUAACAGCAUAAUUACACAGUUUGUUGUAGUCUCUAUAUUUUGGGUCAGAUUAUCCAUCUUGUUUCAUAACAUGGAUAACAAAUAAAGAUCUGUUUAACCAGGUCUUUGUUUACUGAGACUCCUAAAAUGCUUUGUCCUUUCCCAAACCUUACCAACUUACUAGUUGUAAAACACCUUAAUUGACAUAUUUGUUGAUUGACUCAUUGUUGUAAUCUGCUGCUAAACAUUUUCACAUACAAUAUUAAAUAAAAAAUAAAGUCCUUGUUUUGUUAACUGCUGUUGCUGUG